UGUACAACAUAUAAACGUUGACUGAACCUGCCUUUGAAUUUAGUAUAAGCUAUGUUUCGUGUAUCAGCUUGUGCAGAUAGAUUAUCCCACCGGUUUUGGAUAACUGGACUAUUACACGGCAUUUGGAUUUGUAGCUGCACUAAUUCAACCAGUAUUGCUUGUACUGUAGUGAAGCACUCUGUGUCUACUAGGACUGGAAAAGUACGUGUUCUGAAUGGGACAGUGUUUCUUAAAGUAAACUAAAAAGAGAGCUUCAGAAAUAAUGACUACGUAUAUGUGGUUGUCUCUGCCUUAUUUGGCCAAUGCUUUUGAAAGAAGAGGCACACAGUAUAAUAACUACACAAGCUUAACCGAAUCGUUUGAGAUGCCCAACUCUUCUAGCUUCUUUUGGGACAACUCUACUUUAGCUGGAUGGCAGAACUUAAUUGGUCAAAGACGAUAUGGUGGGGAGUCUCAGAAUCCUACAACGAAAGCGCUUCUGAUAGUGGCUUAUUCUUUUAUCAUUGUGAUAUCCCUUUUUGGAAACGUUUUAGUAUGUCAAGUCAUUUUCAAGAACAAAAGAAUGCAUUCAGCAACAAGCCUGUUUAUUGUAAAUCUUGCUGUAGCCGACAUUAUGAUAACUCUUUUGAACACGCCUUUUACUUUGGUUCGUUUUGUGAACAGCACUUGGGUGUUUGGAAAAGUUAUGUGUCAUGUCAGUAGAUUUGCCCAAUACUGCUCUCUACACGUGUCCACCUUGACCCUCACCGCAAUCGCAGUGGACAGACAUCAAGUUAUCAUGCAUCCUUUGAAACCACGCAUGUCAACAGCAAAGGGCAUUAUUUAUGUUACUAUCAUCUGGAUAAUGGCCUCAUGUUUUUCACUCCCGCAUGCAAUCUACCAGAAGUUAUUUACCUUCAAAUACAGCAAAGAGAUGACAAGAAGCCUCUGUGUCCCUGAUUUCCCUGAGCCUCACUAUAUCUUCUGGCAAUAUCUGGAUUUAGCAACAUUUGUUUUGCUUUAUAUAUUACCGCUCUUUAUCAUCUCUGUGGCCUACACAACAGUGGCCAAAAAGUUGUGGUUACGAAAUGCAAUAGGAGACAUAACAACGGAGCAGUACUUUGCACAUCGUAGGAAGAAGAAGAAGACAAUCAAGAUGCUAAUGCUGGUUGUGGUUGUGUUUGCCGUGUGUUGGUUUCCACUCAACUGCUAUGUUGUUCUACUUUCUAGUCAGACUAUUCGUACUAACAACGCACUGUAUUUUGCUUUUCAUUGGAUUGCUAUGAGCAGCACCUGCUACAACCCUUUCAUUUAUUGCUGGUUAAACGAAAACUUCAAAUCCGAACUCAUGUCCUUGCCAAACAUGUGCAGAAAACAGCAGGGUAUCCAGGAGCACAGACACCCUUCUACAGGCCCUUCAUACAGACUUGCAUGGCAAGAAAACAGUAACUACAAGAGGACUCAUGUGUCUCAGAACCUGCAGUCAAUCACUAACAUACAGUCAGGAAAGACAGAUAUUUCGUCAGUUGAACCUAUAGUAGCUGUUAGUUAAUUUGAUGGGCUACUGAACAUUUUAAUGCCUUUCAUGGUAGAACUGUGCCGGUAUUGUCAAACAAUUGAAACUGAAAACAUCAAUGUAUGCAAAACUAAAAAAAGGAUGAAGGUUAUUGAAUGUGGUUAUGUUAUAUUUUAUUAGUAUUGCCUUACAAUGAAGUGGGGUACACUUAACUACAUCUUUUAUUUUUCAAGUCAAUCCUGCAGUGUUUGAAAAGCACUUUAUUUUAUCAGACUACUGAUUGUAAUGAUAGCAAAACUCCCCUUAUUCUGAAUGUGGGAGCAAAUGCUGUGUAUGUAGUUAGUUGUGGUACAGAGGUGUUGGUGAGGUGGAGAAUGUAAGAAUGGCUUUACAGACACUAUAAUUAACUUUUUAUUUGCUCAAGGUCAAUGAAGAUGCAGAGUAGAUAAUUGUUCAUAUUCAUGGAUUCUGACAGUUGAUAUCUGACUUUGACCUUAUGACUUUCAGACUCUUCUGAAAUGUGACUCUUUUAGCUUUUGAAGUGACAAAAUUAAAGAAGCUUUGGGACAGUACUAAUGUCAGGCAGUAACCCUAAUCUCAAAAGAAAGAAACACACUCUUUAAAUCUGUCCAAAGUUAAAAAAAAGAAAGAAAAAAGAAAAAUAGAAAAAAUAUGUUUUUCUCACAAUGAUCUGUCAGGCUCAGGAUGCUGCUGUCCUAGUGACUUCUUCUGCCUGGGUUGCUGUUUCCCAGAUGUAUUUUUUUAUUAUUAUUUUGGAAAUAUAUGUUCUUGUUUCCUUGAGGAAUAUAAGGAUAAGAAUAACACAGCCUUUUCCUUCUAUGGCGUUUUAGGCCUUCUGCCUAGCGGUGAUCAGGUAUAUAUCACAGUUCUCAUCUUUGACAUAUUCAAAAAGUACAGCUUAAGGAUCACCUGUAUCCUAAGCGAACAGACUCUGAAAUAGCACAAAUGGUACCAUAACAGAGAUGGUGAAUGAACAUAUCACAGUAAGAUGGUAAAGCUAUAUAACAACUUAAGGCAGAGUCUAUCUUCCCAGAAUGACAAUAAUCUGCCAGAUCAAAACAAUCAGAAAAGUGUGCAUAAGUAAUUACUCUGCUGUGGACUUCAUGACUGCUGAGUUCAUAAUUUUCCUAACUGAAGAUCCUUUCUUGGCAGAGACUUCCACAAUGAUAAGAAUACAUCUGAGUGCAAUGUUUUGUAGCUGUUAAUCUUCACAUUCAUUAGUUAUCACUUUGUGAAAUCAUAGAGGGUAUUAUUAACUAGCCAUUCUGUAAUGUGACAGAAAAAGUCUAUUAUGGCACAGCUGAAAUGAACUGUUAUUGUCCGUGUUUGCGGCCAGCAGCAUUUUUUUCUUUCCCUUUUUUUGCACCUACCAUAAUUAUGAGACAAUCAGUAUGGAAAUCUGUGUAAGGUUAUGUAUUUGGUUGAUCCACGUGUUGUGUCUUUCACUUACAGACUUGUGCAUUAUAUAUAGCCUGAUAAUAUAAUAUGUAUGUUUUCUCAAAUAUCUUUAAUAUUCAUGUUGUAAGAUUUAAUUAUAUUUAAUUAAGACUGCAACUGAACCUAUAACAGCUUAGUUCAGAUAUUUCAUAGUGACACUUAGUUUGCCAGAACAUUAUUGAAAGAAGUCAUAUUCUUCAGGAUUUGCAAUGGUAGCUGACCAUAAAACUGUUGUAGCUUGACCAAGGAAUAUUUACUACAUUAGAAAAGUCAUCAUUUUUAGAUGCAUAGCCCACUAUUUUAAAUGCAUCAGUCAUAAACACUUCUCAUUCACUGCCCUAUGCAAUCCAUAUAUUGUGCUUUUCUCUUACCUCAUCUACCAUUCUGUCCAUUCUGAAAAGGAACACUAAAAUCUUUAUUGUGUAAAAUGCAAUUAAGUUGAAAGUGAUGGAAAAUGGUCAAACUAUCUUGAGAAACAGCUACUAUUAUUUCAUGAAGUGAGGAAAUGGACAACUAGAAAAGAUUCACUGGGUGGUUAAAGAAGGGCGCCUUUUUAAUACGCCUUCAACUUUUCUAGUCAGUUAUCCCUGUUCUAGUUUCCAGGCUACCCUAAAAGGGUAAACAAUAUAAUCUGUGUCUUUAGUUAGGCUUGUUCAGCAUGGCAAACUGUUGUCUCUCCUCAUUCUAUGCAGGAUACUCUGGCGUUUAGGGAACCUAUAAGUGAAUGGGUGAUCUUGUGAAAUAUAUGUUAAUAUUGCCAUCUAAUGGGCUGCUGUUGUUGAUACCUGUCCUGAAGUCUCUUCUGCAGUUUGUCCUCUUACUACUUAAGGAUUCUAUUUUGUCCUUUAUUUUAUGCUAUCUUGUGCAUGCAACAAAAUCACUGCAUGUUUGUGUGUGUCACCUAACAGAUGUCAGAAUCAUAUGUUAGGCUGCAUGGCUGUUCCUUUAAAUAUCCUUUAUGGGAAAAAUAAGCUAAGUGUACUGUUUUAUCUUCAGAGUUCCUCCCUGCAUUAUGCAGCAUCCUUGAUAUUUCAGCCCAGUCUCCAAGCUGAGUGUCAGGCAACAGAGAUAUUUUCCUACACUUAGGUAACUGGUAUUGUCAAAGGGCAACCCAAUUCUUCCCCGCUGAAUCAUUUAUGUAAGCAUGCCACUUGAGUCUAAUUCUAAAGUUGUUAAACUUGUGUAAAUGCAUUGCAGCUUGAGACUUCCAGUACCUCACAUGCGGUGGUAGGUACUGUAUUAUUGAUCAAGGUGAAAGAUACAAGGUAUAGUAAAAAUUAAAACCCCAUAGUCUCCAGAUGUAAGUAUAUUCUGGUGACACGUAUUAAAGCUGUAUUGCAUACCUCAGAUCUUCGGAAUAAUGCAGAAAACAGAACAAAGUGAAACUAAGAAGUGCUAUGUCAUCACUGCCCUAUGUAAAAUACUUCUUUUAGGAAAAAUAACAUUUCAGUUUGAUUUCUGUGCAAAAAGAGGACUAAAUCUCAGGACUAAUGGAGGCCAUAUAAUCUGUCUUUUUUUCUGCUUUUCUUCUGUUAACUGUUUCAUCCAGAGUUUUUAAUGAAUUCUGAAAAUGCAACCAAUAUACAUUUUUAUAUUAAAAGGAUUAACAAUA